CCAAUAAAAGAACGCACGAGGAGCAUGUGGGCACUGGGCAGCGGGCAGAAUUUCCGGAACCGCCGUUAGCUGCCGGCGUCAACGUCGAAGCUGCGAUAGAGUUGGGGUAACAGGGGGUACUUACUGCUCUCUGCGGCGAGGAGGCGGAGGAGGGCGACUGGGCGAGGCAAAUCGACUCGGUGCGAGCUCCAGAUCUCUCGAAUCGGUGUCUGGGAAGUCAUCUUGUAAUGGAAUGCGUGGGCGAUGAGGUGAGGUCGAAGUGGGUUCGAAGUGUUAUAGUCGGAUCUAAGGGCGAUGGUUGAGAUCUGGUGUUUUUGCUCAUGAUUUAUGAUGUUUUUCGUCUCCAUGUCAAGCUUUCCCUUCCUAUGAGUUGGAUGGGAAGGGUUUAGUAUAAAAGUUGAGGCCCUCCUAAAAUGAUUGUCACUUGAUGAAGUUGGUGGGCAUUGUUUUCUGCUUUUAGUGGUAGGAAGGUUUACUGGGUUAGGGUAAAAGUGAGAGAAAUUUACCAUUUGUUGAUGUUGGUGGACCUUGGUUUCUGCUGUCAAGCUGUUUUAUUCUGAUACAUUCUCUUCCACAUUGUCCAAGUGGAGUAAAGUUAUGUUCUGGCUUUGUUCCACUUUCCUGUUGACUUGUAAUGUAUGAUUCUUGUUGGGGGAUUCUUUUAGUACAAUACCUAUUGUUAUAGGGCAAUACUGAUUGGUAUGUAGGGUAAUGUUUUGUGCCUUUCUUUUAAAAAAUGAUUAGCUUUGAAUGAGAAUAUAGAUAAUCAUGAUGGAGUCGAUUUUGCAUGUAGUUCUAUCUGAUAAAGGGAUCAAGCGAAUCAACAUAGAGUAAUUUGAGAAAUAUAUUGUUUAAGACAAUUAAAUAUGCUAAAACAUGAAAAAAAAUUGAGAAAAUGAGAAAUAUGAAAUUCAGAGGCAAUUUUUUGUGUCAGCACCCUAGAGUCUAGACCUAAGACACGAGUGGUUCAGUUCUUCCGUGACCAAUAUCCAAAAACCUUAUUUGCAGUCCCUAACACUCUCGAGCAUUGAAAUAUAGAAAGCAAUGGCAGAAAACAGCACUAUGUAGCCAAGCACAUCCAAUCCAAGUAUGCACUAAAGGCUCAAGGAUAAAUGCAACUAAUCAGUUAUGCAUCUAGUCUUUUGACCUGGCAAAACAAAUCUGGCAAGUUGUCCUAGCCUUGGUGAUCCAUGGUUCACAAUAACGACUAAAAUCAGUAGUGGAACUUCAGUUCCUAGUAAAUGUUAUUAUCGACGAAUUAAAACUAAUUUCAAAUUACCAAUGUGUGUUCAUUUUAAAAUAAAUAAAUAAAUUUAGAAUUAAAUGAAUAACAAAUUUCUAAAGUUGGCAAAACUCUGGAAAAAAAAUUCAAAUAAUACUCACAGGACAUCUUAUUUGCUUUUCUGGUUUAAUUGUUAUGGUUCUAUGAUUUAGAAAAUGAAAAUUUCUUUCAAGAAACCAUGACUUGAUUGGAUGUCUCUUGACACAUUGUUGAAUUGUCAUGUCUCAGAUGCUUUAUUUAUCUUCCCUUGCAUGGACUCGUUGAAAAACUGUGACAAUUAGCAAAUUAACAGAGAGAUGAAAGUAAAUGGAAUUAUUAAGGUGUCCUAUUUAUAUAAAACUGACUGUAGCUUUUUUGUUGGAUGGUCCAGAAUGUGUUUCUGAAUAGGGUGUGGCUGUUGUCAUGCACUGAUACCUUGCAGGUUCUUUAUUAUGCUGGUGGGGAGUAGAUUUCUCUGUACGUGUGAGCAAGCUAGUGCAUCACAUAAAGGGAAAUUUCUAGCAAGGAUCGAAAUGAUCUUGAACCUCCAUACCAAUUGUUCUCUACCUUAGUUUUAAUUGUACUAAAUAUGUCACUUCGGACAUCUUAAUUUAUCUCCUCAGUUAUCUUCCUAGUUUGUUAAUUAGUUGCUUCUUGCAUAAUGCCAAUUCUGUAACCUUUCCUUUUAAUGAAAACUAGUUUUGAUAUUCUGUAGUAUUGACAAUGCAGAUGAUUAGUUUUAAUUUCCACUCUUUCUACUUUACCUUUAAAUUCCAGCUUGUGAGUUGUGAUGAAGAUCUUGACUAAAAUUGCAAUCUUAUUUUGAUAGCACUGCUAGUUCGUAUUAACAAAAAAAAAUAAUCAUGUUUUAGUGUACACUAGAAACUCUUGGGACUCGGUUGUUUUGCAGAAUCAGUGAAGCAAAAACUUCUCUAUUUGUUGUUUUCCUUUUCAACUACUAUUUAUGAAGGGCUUGCUUUUAUGUUUUCCUGAAUUUUAGUAUGAAAUUGAUGCUAUAUGAAAAGGCAACAUUAGAAGUGAUGUUCCAGUUAUUAUCAUUGAGCUGAAUGAAAAACUGCUAAUUUACAGAUUGUUUUUCCUUUAACAAGUGCCUAACUGGAUUCAACUUGAUUGAAGUGAUAUUAUCUGUUUUUAAGAUAUCAAUAAUGAGGAAAAUGAAAUCACUGUACUUGUCUACCUUUGAUCUGGCCAAUCUGUUCCUGUCAUUUUCAUCUUUUCAAUUUCUUAUUGAUUUUAUUAUUAGACACGAGAAGAAAAAUGUGUCACUUGAUUAACACAGAUAUCUCUCCAGUGGAUGUUUUUUUUGCCAUUUGAUACAUGUAAUCUUAUUUAUACAUUUGUCUCAUUACCAAUUCAUUUUAUGCCAUAACAUUAUAACUGCUUUCAUAUUAUGUUAAAUACUUGACAUAUGUUUGGCUAUUGUCAAUGUUUUUGUUUUUGAUACUUUAUUGGUUUCCCUUUCUGCGCUGAUGUCAAAAUAAUUUUGCUUCUAGUUUGUUUGUUAUUGUAUCUUUAUUCCUUUCAGCAGUCAAUGGGCAAGGAAGUUACAGGAACCUCAACCAAUCAAGAAAGAGAUUUUGUCACCACUCAUGUGCCCAACGGAAAAAGUGAUCAGAUUAGUCAUAAACCUCCCAUAGUUGCUGUGUCAGGCCAUGCCACUGAUAAUCGAGAUGGUGCAAACUCUACUCGUAAUGGAAAUUUAAGUUUUGAUCAGGACACUCCAGAAAGGAAAUAUGAUGAACAGAACUCAUUCAAUCAAAAGACAGCAGAAUCAGAUUCUGCUAAUGCAGCUGUUCAACCAAACCACAAUGUUCCUCAGACAGUUCCUAGUGCAAAUGAAAAGCCUACUUCAUGUGAAAACCAUGUUUUUGUUGCUGGAGUGGCUGCUAAUGGAGAUAAACAUCCUAAUGUGAAUGCACUGUCACCAAACAUCCAAAAGAAGGAUCAGAGGCACUUAAUGCUCUCAUCCAAGGAACCACUGCAUCCUGAUAACACCAUGCAACUAGAAGAAGAGGAUUCCUGUUCAAUAACUUCUUCUACCACACAGUCUCCAAAAAAUUUGAGAACACAGAUUACUGUGGCAAUUGCCCCUACAUUCAAAUGCAGUGAACGCGCAGAGAGGCGUAAGGAGUUCUACACGAAAUUAGAAGAGAAACACCAGGCUCUGGAAGCAGAGAAGCUGGAAUAUGAAGCUAGGACCAGGGAAGAACAAGAGGCAGCACUCAAGCAACUAAGGAAGAAUAUGACUUUCAAAGCAAACCCAAUGCCUAGCUUCUACCAUGAUGGGCCUCCACCGAAGAUUGAAUUAAAGAAGGUACCACCAACUAGAGCUAAAUCACCCAAACUCGGUCGAAGGAAGAGCUGUGGUGAUGCAAGUGCAACUAAGCUGACUGACGAAGAUGGUUCCAGAAAAGUCUGCGGUCGGCUUCAGCGUCAUAGCUUGGGUACUUCGAAGGAUGCUACAAACACGUUACGAAACAGUCCCAAUAACCGAAAUGUAACUAAAGGCGGUGAAGGGGCUAAAUCCAAUAAAGAGAAGUCUAAGCCUCAUGCUGAAAGGGUAGUAGUUAAGGUUCCCAUCAAAGACUCAAAGCCACGUGCCGAUGAAGCAGCUCCUCCAGAUAUAAAUGGAACCAUUGUGCAGGCCUGAUGCGUAUGAACUUUUGGGCUUUCGUAAUAAUUUGUUCAAAAAUGUGUUAGUGGAUUUGAGUUAUAUGCAUAAAUUUUGUAUUUGUGCAAACUGCUUGAGUUGGCCGCUCUUAGUGACAUCGAGCAUGUUUCAUUUUACGAGGCUGAAUUUGGUUAAUAUUAAAUGGGCAAUCUGUAUGUUCAACAUUUAUUCCUAUAUGCUGGAUGAUGUAUCGUGUACGACUGUGA